AUGGAGGAAGACUCGUCAGCCGCGGCCUCAUUCCUACCUCGCAUUUUCCGCCGGGUAGGCUAUCAGUCCCAGAACACCUCUGAAGGUGGUCUCGUCGAUUAUUGGGGUUACGCUGCCCGCGUGGUCCCUUGCACCAACGACCCCGGAACAUGCGAGUACUUCGAGUCUGUGUACGGCGGCCAUGAGCGCGGCAUGCUCUACACCGGCAUCAUCUGGGCCACCCUCGGCGGAAUCCUGCUCGUCUGGGCCAUUGGCCGCCAUGUUUGGGCACCUCAGCGUGCUGGAGAGGCUAGCGCUGCAUCUCUCGCCACUUCAUCAUCCGAUACAGAAAAGAGGGCGGACGAGAAGAGCCCGAAACCCCACGGAGGCAGUCUGAAUCGUCUUGCACGCGCCUUCUCAGUAGCUACGCGUCGCUACACCCUCCCCGAGUCCAUACGCUUCAUCUUCGGUCGCACGACGCGUCUGCAGGUCCUGAUCCUGGCUCUCUUGACAAUCUACCUGGCCAUCUUUUCGUUCAUCGGCAUCUGGUACAAGGACUGGAUCACCCCCGUAAAGGGCUAUGACAACCUUUAUCAGAGACGUUCCUGGUUGGGCGCAUGGUCUGAUAGGGUCGGCGUACUGGCUUACGCCCUCACGCCUUUUUCUGUCAUGUUGGCAUCGCGCGAAUCGAUCCUUUCGCUGCUGACCGGCGUACCAUACCAAAGCUUCAACUUCUUGCAUCGGUGGCUGGGAUGGAUCAUUGCUGUUCAAGCUCUCGCGCACACUAUCGGCUGGACGAUCAUCGAGAGCGUCUUUUAUCAACCUCAACCCAAGGUGGCCGAUAAGUGGAUCAAGCAGCUAUACAUGAUCUGGGGUUGUGUUGCCAGUAUUCUACUCCUUAUCAUCGUCGUUCUCGCAACCCCCUGGGGAAUCCGCCUCACUGGAUACGAGUUCUUCCGCAAGAGCCAUUAUGUUCUCGCCAUGGUCUACAUCGGCGCCUGCUGGGGACAUUGGGAACCCUUGAAGGUCUUCAUGGUCCCCGGCUUGGCCAUCUGGCUCGUCGACCGCGCCGCACGCCUGAUGCGUUCCUUCCUCAUCCACUACCAAUACCUCCCCGACGGCUCUAUGGGAUUCCGAACUGCCCAGGCCGACAUGUCCAUCUUCCCCGACGAUAAGUACGGUGACCUCGUUCGCCUCGACUUCACCCAUCCCCACGACGUCUGGAAGCCCGGUCAGCACUUUUACCUAUGCUUCGCCAAGUCUAGUGUAUGGCAAUCACACCCAUUCACACCGCUCAACCUCCCUAUCGAACGCAAGGGCACCGUUGAGCACGCCUACAUAUUCCGCGCGAAGAAAGGAGAGACUCGGAAGAUUGCCCAGAUGGCUGCUGCUUCUGGAGCUCCUACCAGCACACCUGUCAUCCUCCAGGGUCCGUACGGUGAAGACCAUACCCUUCAUCUCACCCCAGAUAUCAACGUCUUGUGCGUCGCCGGCGGUACUGGCAUUACCUAUGUUCUCCCUACCCUUCACUGGCUUGUUCGCCAGCCGCCUAGCCCCAAUCGCCGGAUCGCCCUCCACUGGGCCAUUCGCCUCCGCCAGGACAUCGAAUGGGUUCGCGCGGAGCUAGAUCUGCUGACGGCCGCCAAAGCACACGGCAUUAGCAUCACGAUUUACGUGACCCGCGAGGAAAUUGAUGUCACGUCAUCGGGCAAGCAGAUCGGAAAGAAGGGCAUCGAAAGCCGGACCGAUCCCGCCCCCUCAUCGUCAAGCCAAAGCGGCAGCAGCCAUUCAGGCGGCCCCGGGGAAGUCUUUGAAGUCUGCGGCGGUGGUGGUCACCCGAGUAUGGCAAAUAUUGUCCCGAAUUUCUUGUCCAGCAAUGUUCGAGGCCGAACGUCUGUCUUCGCCAGCGGACCUGGGGCCAUGAUCUCCGACCUCAGAGGCGUGGUUGCUGGGGCAAACUCCGGUGGUCAGGUUUGGAGGGGUAACGAGAUGGCUGAUGUUGAGCUGAUCUGCGAUAAUAGAUUAGAGUGGUAG